AUGGCUGAUCUCUCUUCCGGCCAUGUGGUCACUCUGACCGACGGACGGCAGGCCACCGUCCGGUUCGUUGGGACCACGCAUUUCGCGGCCGGUGACUGGGUCGGGAUCGAAUUGACCGAACCCACGGGCAAAAACGAUGGUUCCGUUCAGGGCGAGAGAUACUUUGAAUGCGAUCCGGGCUUUGGCAUGUUCGUGCGUCCAAGUGCCAUCGCCGCGAUCAUUGAACAGCCCAAACCGGCAUCUCGCGAGAACGUCGCUCCAGGAGGCCGAACCCGGGCCCAAAGUGGAAUCACCAAAAAGCCGCCGACCCUGACCUCUACGACUGCCAAAAGGAAUAGCGCUACGUCGGCGAGUCCGACGUCCGCGCCGAAAGCUCCUGCGUCACGACUGUCGGUGAAAUCUCCUACAAAGUCCCCGACGAAACAAUUGUCCACACCGUCAUCUCGUUCGUCAAUCAGUGGUACCUCACGCACGUCUGGCGUAACGCCUAAAGCUCGACCGUCCCUUGGCGCGAAAUCCUCCAUGGGCCCUCCAGCCCCUCCGGCCACCUCUCGGACCUCUCGACCGUCUAUAUCUGGACCUACUACCCGGACAAGCAGACAGUCCCUCCAAGGGCCCCCAUCAACCGCCAAGCGUCCCGUUCUCCGCCCCACAGCCCCCAACAAAGCGUCAGAAGAGCAGGAGAGCGUCGCCAGCCCGCCGUCAGCAGACGACGACGGCGAGGUUCCAGAUGUGGAGGAUGAACCCCCCGGAGAUAGCGAGGAGCUACCAAAGGCACCUAAGCCAGCUCCACGGACGAGCGGUGUCCGCGCUGCGCCACAAGCUUCUACGCAACGACAGGCCCAGAGUAGUAGUGCUCUCACACGGGAAAUCGACGAGCUGAAGACGAAGAUGAGGGUGAUGGAAAAGAAGCGAGCGGAGGACCGGGAUAAGAUCAAGAACCUGGAGAAACUCCAAGCCGAACGCGACAAGUUCGAGGGAAUCAUCCAGAAGUUGCAGGCCAAGUAUCAGCCACAACAGAUGGAGAUCGGUGAGCUGCGGAAGAAGCUGAAAGAAUAUGAGUCGCGCGCGGAGGAAAUCGAGCGCCUCCAGGCGGAGCACGAAUCCCUCAUGGAAAUGGCGACCCUCGACCGGGAAAUGGCCGAAGAGACAGCUGACGCUUUCAAGCACGAAUGUGAGGCUCUCAGAAUGAAGGUUGAAGAACUUCAAUUGGAAGUCGAAGUCUUGCGGGACGAGAACGAAGAGCUAUCUCAUGUCAUGAGUCCCGAGGAGAAGUCUAGCCAGGGAUGGCUCCAAAUGGAGAAAACGAACGAGCGUCUCCGAGAAGCGCUGAUCCGACUUCGUGACAUGACUCAGCAGCAGGAAAACGAGCUGAAGGACCAAAUCAAAGAGUUGCAGCAGGACCUGGAGGACUAUGCUGCAAUUAGGUCUCAGUAUGAAUCCACCAAGGAAAAGUUGCUCGUCUCGGAGAACAAUGUCGAGGAUCUCAAGCAACAGCUCGAAACCGCUCUGGGUGCUGAAGAAAUGAUCGAGGAACUGGCAGACAAGAACAUGCGCUACCAGGAGGAAAUCAACGAGCUCAAGGCGGCCAUUGAAGACUUGGAAGCCCUGAAGGAGAUUAAUGACGAGCUCGAAUACAACCACAUCGAAACGGAGAAGCAGCUGCAGGAAGAGAUCGACUACCGGGAAAGUCUGUUCAACGACCAAUGCCGAAAGAUUUCUCAACAGGAUGAGGUCAUCGAGGAUCUGGAGUACACCUUGGUCCGCUUUCGUGAGCUGGUCUCUACUCUACAAGCGGAUCUGGAGGAUAUGCGCGCCUCUCAGCAGAUCUCCGAAGCCGAGGCUACAGAUCUCACGACCCGCUCGCGAGCCAUGAUGGACCUGAACCUGAAGCUGCAGGCGUCCGUCGCAAAAGCGCAAACCAAGACCAUCGAUAUUGAGCUCGCCCACAUGGAUGCGGAGGAAGCUACGCAGCACCUGUCUAUCCUCAAGCUCUAUCUCCCAGAAUACUUUGAGGGAGAGCGCAACUCGGUCCUAGCGUUGCUCCGUUUCAAACGCGUCAGCUUCAAGGCUUCAUUGAUGAACAAUUCCAUCCGUGAGAUGGUCUCCGAGCAGACUACCCCCUCGCCCGAAGAGACCUUUACCGCAUACGAGGUGUUCGAGAAACUGUCGUGGAUUGCGUCUCUCUGUGACCGGUUUAUCAACUACAUUACCAGCUGCUCCGCAGAGGAGUUUGGCGGUAUCCAGGCGACCCUCUUUGAGAUGGAGCCCGUGGAACGCACGCUAAACUUCUGGAUCGAAGGACUGAAGAAGAACGAAGUGAACAUGAAGAAAUGCGCCGUGGAGCUGCAACGAUCCAUCGCCCUGCUUUCGCACCUCGCAGAGACCCACCUCCCAUCCUCGCUCGAGACCUUUGCAGACGAGCUUUGCAUGCGGUCAAUGCUGACCCAGUCUUACAUUGACCAUUCUGCCUCGUCAAUAUCUCGACUGAAGUCAUUGCUGCAGUCUAAAAUCCCCGUUCCCGAAGAGGGAGACGAGGAAGCGACUUACUUAUUCAACAAAAUGGACGGAUUGGUAUCUCAAGCCCGCGGGCUCAAAGUAGCGAUGGGCAAGAUAUCCCGAUCCAUCGAGGAGCUGCGGUCCCGAUCCCUCGCUCUGUCGCACGACGCGUCUGGCCCCUUCAAGGUCACCGAGGAGGCAGCCAAAGAACUCGCCGAGCUUACCCGCAACCUGGGCGAGAACGUGCUUCUCCUUGCGAUCGACGAGAGCCGCACGGAAUCGCUCACCCUCCCAGAGGUGCUGAAGCACAUGUCUCAGAUCUCGACGCUGUACGCCUCGCCCUCCGAGCCUGCCAGCGAAACCAACGACACGGUGACCUUCAUUUCCAACCGCCUGCGCAGCAUCGGCGGCAACAUCGAGGAGCUCGACUCGCUCUCCUCCGACCUCUCCAUCACCUCGGAGUUCGAGCGUCGCCCACACCCGUGGAUCGCGCGCGCCGCCGAACUCAAGUCCAACAAGGCCAACUCUCCCGACGCCGAAGAGGAGAUCCGCCGACUCAAGAACGAGCUCGCCGAAGCCUCCACCGCCCUUGGCGUCAAAGACGAGACCAUCGAGGAGCAAGCCCUCAAAGUCGAGCUGGUCGAGAGCCGCAUGCGCGAGGCCAGCAAGAAAGCCGCCCAGGUCAAGGAACUGGAGGCCCAGCUCGAGCAGAUGCAGUCCAAGCAGGCCGAGCUGGAGGCCCUUAUCGACACCCAGCGCAAAGACCUGCACGCCCUCGAGGCUGAGCGGGAGGACUUCAAGGCCCGCCUCGACCGCGUCAAACGCGCCUCCGGCACCACCGGCGUCGCCACCACCGCCGACGGCGGCCUCGUCAUCGACCAGGGCGUCUCGCUCGCCACCAUGCGCGAGAACGAGGCCCUCCGCGCCGAGGUCGAAAGCCUCCAGGCCGCCGUGCGCUUCCUCCGCGAGGAGGCCCGCCGCGCCAACAUGCUUGACCCCUACUCCGUGCAACGCUCCGCCGACCUGCACUCCUGGCUGGACGUCCCGCUCACCCGGACGCCCGCCGGCGCCGCCGGCGCCACCACGCCGCACGACAAGCUCCAGCAAACCGCCUCCGAGAGCAGGGACGUCUUCGCCCACCUCCUCAAGCUCACCAAGGACUCGCACGUCUGCGAUCUCAAAUCCACCGCCGCCGAGAACCGCGCCGCCUGGCGCCCCGCCAAGACCAAGCUGCGGUACCAGGUGCUCCAGCAGCGCGAGGACUUCGAACGCUGGGCCGAAUGGCGCGACGACAUUGUCCGCCAGGAGCGCGAGCAGGACCGACUGGCUGCAGCGCGGAGGGAACGGCUUGCACGUGGCGGCCGCGCGCACGGCCAUGUCGCCCGGAACUCGGUGUUUGGAGGCUUUCCGCAGGGCCUGGGGCAUGGGAUGAUGGGGCGGGCGUGGGAGAUCCUCGGUAUGCAGCAGGAUAGUCGGAAGGCGAUGGCGGAUCGACCGAUGGAGCCGGCGGUUGCGCCUACGUUUUGA